CGUGCUCGCGUUUGAAUACCGGCUUGAGCCGGUAAAGAGCUGCCAAGACAGACAGGAUAUAACUCUGAAGACAAAGGAUGCUGCUGCUGCGGCUGGCGGAACAACGUUAGGAACGGAGGAAGUAGCAGAUAUAUUUAACAAAAAAUAUAUGGAAAUAGUUUUAGAUGUGCUAAUAUUUUUUUAAAAGCGUAAUUGUUUUAAUUGCAAGAACAAUACCCAUCUACAGAAACCUUAAUGAUACCAAAAUGACGAACGGAUAAGAGAAGCAAAAAGUCCAUAGGACCCAGAAGGCUGCCUGUCCUGCGGUCAGCUCUGCCGCCAUGAAGACUCCCAGAGUACCUGGUUGCUUGGGCCCAAAUGUCUACCCGGCGGUGCCGGACGGAGGCUGGGGCUGGGCUGUGGCCAUGACCUUCUUCAUAGUGGAGGUCAACACGUAUGGUGUCCUCAAGACCCUCGGAGUGUUCCUCCAGGAUCUCAUGGAGGAGUUCCAGGAGAGCAACAGCCGUGUCUCCUGGGUCAUCUCCAUCUCCGCGUUCAUCUUCGCCUUCACAGCCCCUGUGGCUUCGUUGCUCAGCAACCGCUUCGGCUACCGUCUGGUGGUCAUGAUGGGAGGCUUCCUCAUGAGUCUGGGGAUGAUCUGCUCCGCCUUCACCAGCAGCAUCUACCAGAUGUACGUCACUAUCGGCAUCAUCUCAGGGUUUGGCUUCUGCCUCUCCUUCCUCCCCACGGUCACCAUCCUAGCCCAGUACUUCUCCAGGCGGCGAGCCCUCGUCACGGCCAUCGCUUCCUCUGGAGAAUCCUUUGCCAUAUUUGCUUUUGCACCCGCGUUCAGCAGACUGAAGCAGGCCAUCGGGUGGCGCUGCUGCCUUGUGGUCCUCGGUGCCAUGCAGGCGUCUGUAGUCGUCUUCGGCAUCCUCCUGCGUCCAAUCAGCAUCGAGCCAGAGCUGGUGAGGGAGGUCAGAGACUCGGACUCGAUGUCGGACUCAGACUCUGAGUCGGCCUCUCUGAAGCAGCAGAGCGCCUAUGAGCUGGAGAACGAACAGACCCGGACCUCGCUGAGCUCAGCCGUGUCCAGUGGCUCCGGGGACUCGGGCGUGACGUCCCUGUCCUCCUCCGAUCAGGAUCUGAGGGACAACGCUGAGGAGGCAUCACUGUCACCCAGCCUGGUCCAGAAGGACCUGGAGGAAAGGGCCGGGGCCGGGGCUGGAACCCCCCCCAGUCUGCUGGACUUCUCCAUGCUGAAGGACGCGGCCUUCCUGUGGUACUGUCUGUUCGGCCUGCUGGCCACGCUGGGCUUCUUUGCCCCGCAGCUCUACAUCAUCGAGCUGAGCAAGAGCCGGGGUGUGGCCCCCAGUGUGGCCCCCAACAUGCUGUCUGUGAUGGCCGUGGCUGAAAUCGUGGGGCGCUUCUCCAUCGGGGUGGUGAUGAACAGGGUUAGCUGCAGGAAGACCCGGGUCCUGCUGGGCUGUGUGGUCGUCAUGGCGAUGGUUCUGCUGGCCUUCGCCGUGGUGUGGGAGUUCUGGGGCCUGGCGGUGUGCUGCGCGCUCUACGGCUUCUUCAUGGGCACCGUGGGCUCCACCCACAUCCCACUGCUGGCCGAGGAUGAGGUGGUGGGCAUCAGCCGGAUGCCAGCCUGUGUUGGGGUCUACGUCUUCAUCCAGAGCUUCGCCGGCCUGGCUGGACCACCGCUGGGAGGUGUGCUGGUGGACGUGACCAAGAACUACGGAGCAGCAUUUUACUCAUGUGCAGCAGGAAUGGGGCUCAGCGCCGUCUGCCUGGCUCUGGUGGGCGUGGCCAAGUCCGGACUGUGCCACAGAACAAGUGGGAGAGAGAACAAAGAAGAAGAGCAGGUCUCUCAGGACAAUAAACCUCUAGACUUUCUGGAGGUGGACUUGGUAGAGGUGGACUUGGUGGAGACCAGUCCGGUCGAUCAGGCUGAGGUCGUCUGAGGCCGACCACAGCUGGAGAACAUCUGGUAGGAACCAACAAACAGGAUCCAGACGGGAGCUGCUGCUGGUCUAAUCUCAGGUGUAACAAGCCCCUCCCUCACCAGAUGUUCCUCCAGAUGUUUCCAGGCCGUGGGUCAUACAGCACCAAAGAUACUCUUUGCUCCCAGCAGUAACCAGUACUGAGGGGAACUGGAGGCCGUGGUCAUAGGAACACUGGUUCUGGUUCUGCUGGUUGGGGGUGUACAUUUUAUUCAUUUGAUAAGUAAAUGAAAUGCAAUCCUAAAUAUUCCAGCAGGACGACAUCUGUUAGAGGCACUUUCUGCUGAAGGAGUCCAGAUGGAACUGAUUCUACUGACUCUGCAGCCGUUCUCGCGUCCAACGCACAUCCUUCUAAUAUUUCUCAUGACUGUAACAAGAGCAGUACGACAGCAGAGAGUGAGCCUUCAGAGGAGAUCAUGAAUCCUAACCACAACUGUUCUGUAGAGCUCCAGCCAUCAGACGUAUUGGUGUGUGUCUGUGACGACACACAUUUCACCAUGUGGAUCCUGAUCCGGUGGAUCCAGCUGGAUGUGGAGCAGCUCUGAGUCUCAGCCUCAGAAACACUCCACUUCAGCAUUAGCUCAGUCAUUACUGUUUAGAAUGUGUGAGGUUUUAUUUAAUAGCUUUUUUAAAAAAUUGUUUUGUCAAUUUUUUAAUUAGGUGCCGGUCAGUUUACUUCCUGUGAAGUACUGAACCACUUCCACUCUUUUUUAAAAAAAAUAAAUAUAAACCG